AAACUCCGCUUCGAUUCGACAUUUUCCAAAAUUGACAUUUUUAACUCGUGCUUGUGUAUUAAAUUAAUUUAUUUACCAAAUACAAAAAUGUUUAAAAAAAUCUUAAUAAAUUAAAUAAAAACCACUUUUAACAUAUUAUAAAAUGGAUUCACAAGACUUAAGUGAACAUUUAUCAGAAGACAUUUUAUCUCGCUUCGAAAACGGAUCUGACUUGGAUGGAAUUAUUUCCGGUGAAAUAUUUCAACAGGACAAUCUCUUUAUGGGCGAUCACGAUGAAGAAAACGAACCCGAUGAUAUUAUCAUUUUGCAUAUGGAUAUUCGGGAACCACUUAGUUCAUUAAAAACACUCUUGGAACAAAAAAUUGGUGUUGAGCUGAAAAAGUACAGCUUUUGGCUUCAAGAUGCACAAAUUCUUGAACCUCAUAAAAAUCUCGUCGACCAGUGCGUUAAAGGUGAAGGUCUGGUUCAGAUUAACGUACAAAUCCAGACAAUCAAUCAGCGUAUCAACAUUGUUGAUGUUCUCAAGCCAACGGAUGCUGCUUUAGAAACCCUUGGAAAUCAGGCUAAUUUGUCUGCGAAAAAUGCUAAAGUCGAGCAACAUGAAGACAGUGAUUCUGGUGAUGAGGCAACGGAAGAACAGGAAUCCACAAAUGAACAAAAACAAAAGCCAUGCCUCAAUUGGGCGCUGGACACAAAGUUCAAAAAAGAACAAACUCGAUUGAAAAUUCCCGAAGAUCCCACUGACUGGACUGUGCCACAUGUAAAACACUGGCUCCAAUGGGCAGUGCGGCAGUUCAAUUUGACUGACAUCAGUAGAGUCGACUGGAAUAUAACUGGGGAACAGCUUUGUUCAUUAACACACGAAGAAUUUCGUAAAAAGGUUCCCAACGAUCAGGGAAAUGUCUUCUGGACUCAUCUGCAGCUCCUGAAGGAAUGUAAAUUUGUAUCUGUAGUUGUGUCCGUUGUGCCAAAAGCCGAGCGAGAAGAAUACUCAGAUAGUAAUAGUUCGCCGGCACACCGAGAGCAGAAAAUCAUGCGAAAAACUCCAAGUUACAACAACAAGAGCAUUUGUGUGGUAAACGGUCAAGGUGGAUCAGGUAACAAUGGCCAAAUGCAGCUUUGGCAGUUUUUAUUGGAAAUCCUAACCGACUGCGAGCACACAGGUAUCAUCCAAUGGGUUGGCACGGAGGGUGAAUUUAAACUCUUGGAUCCAGAGCGUGUUGCCCGUCUCUGGGGUGUAAAGAAAAACAAACCAGCGAUGAAUUAUGAAAAGCUGUCACGUGCCCUGAGAUACUAUUAUGAUGGCGAUAUGAUAUCAAAAGUUUCUGGAAAGAGAUUUGCCUACAAGUUCGAUUGUGACUUGAAAAUGUUGAUUGGCUAUGAUGCUGAAGAGCUCUCAAAAUUGGUUAACGAGAGAAAAUACGUUGAUGAAUUUUUAACAACCAAUGACAAAACUGAUGACGCACAAUCUGAGGACGAUGAUUAUGAUGACGAUUGACAGGUGUUAAGUUUGAAUUAUGAUUAAAUCAUACAGAAAAUACAAAAAAUAUUAUGUUAAAUUUCACUUUAUAUUCACAACUUUUAUAUUUGCCCAUUUUAUUUGCCUUAAGACAAAACCACAAAAAAUCCGUAUAUUAUGCUUGAAUAGAGAUUAAGGUUAAACAAAAUGUUCAAAUGAAAUAAGAAAUCGAAAACUAUUUUCUACGAAU